AUGAGUCUAGUUCUUUUUCUACAUGAUGUAGUUUAUCUUCCAACAGACUAUUAUUGUUUUGUACCAUUUACUAAUGCAUAUAGUAUGCUUUGGCUUGCAUUUGUUUGUUAUGGAAAUCAGAUUGGGGUAUUAUCAUUUAUCUAUAUACGCAUUACAAUUUUUCUUCGUCGUCAAACAAAUACUCCAACACUUGUAGUUAAACAACGACAAGAUCGUGAUUUACUUGUCAUUCGACGUAUUCUUAUAAUUGUUGCUCUAUUAAUAAGUCUUGGAGUACCUGGCAUAGUGUUUCUAGUGAAAUCAUUUAUUACAAAUACAGAUGAUUUUCUUACCUUUCCUUUUGUAUUUUUCUUUAUUAGUAUAUCAAUGAUAGGCGUAUGUAUAUCAACAAUUAUUUUUACACCACAACUAAAAAAGAUUGUUGUUAAAAUAAUUCAACACAAUCGCGUUAUACCUCUAAAUGACGGCUUCAUAGGUUCGAUUCCAACGAGACAAUAG